GCUCAGUGAUACUACCUCGAUCAAUAUUACUGGCUCGCUCAGUGAUACUACCUCGAUCAAGAUUACUGGCCCGAUCACGGAUAGCAUCUCGAUCAUGCUUACUGGCUUGACCACGGACAACGCCUCGACCACGGACAACGCCUCGACCAAGGAGACCAACCCGGCCAAAGCCAUCUCUGGCAUGGAGCCCGUUUUGGCAGUGCCAGGUCUGCUGACGACGUUUCUUGAGGAUUCCACGCAUCCGAUGGCCGCGUUCUGGAAGGAAAAGCCCGAGCUCAUGUCCUACGACAAGGCCGAGCAGCCCGUCGUGUAUCGCGACCAGACCGUCGGCUCGGGCUACAAGCUGCUCUACCGAGUGGGCGAUUGGUGUUGGCUGACGCGACAUCCCGUCACCCGAGAGUACCUGACCAUCAAGUUUCUUCAUCGCACCCCCAGGGGGAGCCUGGAGUUCGAGGCGCUCCGAUUUGUGCAGGAGCGGGUCUCGAGCCCUCAUGUCGUAAAGAUGGUCGAUUCGUUCACCCUCCCCCACCAUCUCGCCGAAGAACGCCCCGGCGACUACCCUCAACUUGACAACAUCAUGUUCCAGGCAGUGGUGUACAAGGCCACUGGGUCCGACCCCUUGACGACGGAUGUCUUCGAAGACAUGCACACCGGUGUUCACGAAAGGAUGCGCAUCAUCCGCGAUGUCGUGCUUGGUGUCGCCGCUCUUCAUGCCCAGGGCAUGGUCCAUGGAGAUAUCAGGGUAGAAAAUAUCGGUCUGGCUCUCCCGUCCCAUACCGAAUGCUCUCCCAUUGUCCCGGAAGAAUUGAUCGAGUAUGACUUUGUCAAGAAGCAUUCGUGCCCUUACUCGCCAGCGUUCCCUUCCCGCUCCAUGAUGCCAGUAGAUAUAGGUUUUGGGACGGGCCCUGCCAAGAUUCUCAACCUGAGCUACGCCUUCUGUGCAGACAUAUCAAGAGUUUACGAACCAAACGACUUCGGGGGCCCCGAGAACAGCAAACCACCGGAGCUACGCACUGGGAAACCCACAUCACUGCCUUUCAAGGUCGACAGCUGGCAACUCGGCUUGGCGAUCUACUGCGUGGCCACUGACGGAUACAAUCCCCUGUGGGAAACCUCUGGGGUCCCGGAUGCUAUGGAGAGAUGGACCGAGGUAGUGCUGGAGCGCUGGAAGUUAACGGACGACGACGACGAAGCCAACGUCAUACGGAUCAUCCUCUCCCUCCUGGAGCUGGAGCCCGGGAAGCGCAUGGAUGUCGUCGACUUGGCCAAGGAUGAGUGGUUGAUGCGCAUCCCGGCCUAG